CUAACAUUUUGCCCUAGUCAACUACCAUGUAAGACCAUCCUUAUAAAGCAAUUGAGCCACUCGGAAUCCAUAUAAUUGUUUCUGCAACAUUCAUCUUCUACAACUCCAUCAAAUACAACAACUCUAACUAAAGGUUUUUUUCUUCAACUUUACGUUUUAAGGUUCAAUUCAUGGUACGAAUUAGGGCAUCUCCAGAUCCAGAACCGAAGUAAAAGUAUGAAGUCAUCAAAUUCGUACUUGUUUCCAAAAGAUUCUGGAAUUGAUGGAGAAGAGAGUAACAUUUCAGAAUCCAGGAGUUAUUCAUCUUCUUCAAAGAAGCAAUGGGGUCCUAGUUGUUUCUGUGAAAACUUGGUUGUGCUUAGAAGGACAACUAUAGUCAACAAUUUUGGGAAGCAAUUUAGGGGAUGCCCACACUAUAAGGGGUAUGCUAAAAAUGGAUGUGAUUAUUUUGCUUGGUAUUAUGAUGAAGUUAAAGAUGAUAAGGACAUAUUUAUCAUGAAGAAAAAAAGAGAUAAAAAAUGUUAGUAAAAGAAAAUGAAGAUCAAAGAGAUAAAAUUGAUGCGCAAAGGCAGCAAAGGCAUAAGUUAGAAGGCCUUCAAGUGGCUCUCAAGAACACAAUGAAGUAGAAGAAUUUUUGGAAAAAAAUAUGUUUCUUAGUUUUAAAUUUAUUAAUAUAAAAAUUGAUAAUGUGAUUUUAAAUGUGUGAUUGAAGUUGUAAUGAAAAUUUAGACGAAUGAAAUUGAAUACAAGUUUUAAUCUUUACAUGUUUAAGUUUUAGUCUUUCACUAUUAAUACAUGUUUAUG